AUGAAAUCUUCUCUUAUUCCGUCUCUCAUUAUGGGAGAUAUAAUUCACUUGAAUGUCGGCGGAACUAGAUUUUCAACGUCUCGUCAAACACUCACUUGGAUCCCAGAUUCAUUUUUCACAGCGUUACUGAGUAACCGAAUUGCCAGUCGUCGGGAUGAAACUGGUGCUUUGUUUAUUGACAGAGACCCACAAAUAUUCUCAAUUAUUUUAAAUUAUUUGCGUACCAGAGAUAUUGAUUUAAAAAGUAUUGACAUCAGGACACUGAGACAUGAGGCUGAGUACUAUGGUAUCACUCCAUUAAUUAAAAGAUUGAUGCUUUGUGAAGACCUAACGCAUUCCUCCUGUGGUGAUGUACUAUUCUAUGGAUAUUUACCGCCUCCCAGUAUUCCAUUGCAAGAAUCAGCUAGUGUGCCUGUUAGUACUACAGAUGUUGGAGUUCACGGAAGAACGGUAGCAUCUCCACGUCCGGAAACAUCACAACCCAGCACAUCUCAAGCUACUCCAAAUCAAGCGUCUAAUACAAAUGGACCACAAAAUCAAAAGCCGCCAACGUCAAAUCACACGAGAAAUUCGUCACUGGAUUACAGAUUGCCACAAAGAGGAUUACAACACUCGCGAAAUCCAUCACUGGAUCUCCGACAUGCCCGUAACAGUUCCGCUGAUAUGAAUAAAUACUUCAGAAAUGAGGUUGGUUUGGUAUUUGGUCCUCAUCAAGCAUCAGGCUGGGUGGAUCCUCUGAGAGUUCAGAUGAUUAAAGCCCAUCACAAUUGGAUUGUGAUAGCUUACGCACAUUUUAUAACAUGUUACCGAUUAAAAGACUCGUCAGGAUGGCAGCAUGCAUUCACUAGUCCUCAUGUCGAAGCAAUAAUCGAAAGAGUAGCUAUCAAUGCUAAAAUGGGCAGCGGAGCUGACGGAAAAAUGGUUGCUAUAUCUUACGGGAGUCAAAUACGUUUGUGGAGCGUAUCUGAAGACGGAAUUAAGACUAAUAUUGGUACAUUUAAUUUAAAUGUACGCGUAGAGUAUUUAUUUUUCAUUGGCAGCCAAUUGGUUGCUUUGUCUCCAACCGGUAAAAUUGGAGUCUGGCAUGCAAUGUCUCAGCAUUGGCAAAUUCAAGAUGUCGUUUCAAUAUCAUCUUUUGAUACUGCUGGAUCUUUUUUGUUGCUUGGAUGUAACAACGGUUCUAUUUACUACAUCGAAAAUAACCGCAUAAUAAUAAUCUUACUGGAAGAUAUUCUGUCCCUUUCUACAGGUCUUUGUGGAAAUUGGAUUGAGAUUGCCUAUGGAACAAAGUCUGGAAUAGUCAGAAUUAUAGUCCAGCAUCCUGAGACUGUAGGUCAUGGUCCUCAGCUUUUCCAAACGUUUACCGUACAUCAGAGCAGCGUUACCAAAGUGAGAUUGUCUGAAAAAUAUUUGGUAUCUGUUUGCUCAGAGUAUAACCACGGUAGAAGUUGGGCAUUGACUCGAUUCCGAGGUAUGAUUUCGACUCAACCAGGUUCAACACCGGUAGCUAGUUUUAAAAUUGUUUCAUUAGAUUCUGUUGAUUCUUUGCUGAGUAAUGACGCUGGUAAUGAUUUUGGGCCCUUUGGCGAACAAGAUGAUGAACAAGUGUUUGUUCAAAAAGUAGUACCCGAAACAGAUCAAUUGUAUGUACGAUUAGCUUCUAAUGGAAAACGCGUAUGCGUAAUACAAUCGGUCGAUGGCAGUUCCAUAAGCUCGUUCUGUGUUCACGAAUGCGAGGGAUCAAGUCGUAUGGGAUCGCGACCAAGAAGAUUUAUAUUUACUGGUCACUCUAAUGGGGCUAUUCAAAUGUGGGAUUUAACUACGGCCCUUGAUCCUUCUUUUGAAUCUCAUCAAGCCAAAAAUUUUGCUGGUGGACCAUCGCCAGAAGAAUUAUGGAAGCUAUUAGAUCAAUGUGAUUUAAGUAAUAGUCAUUGCUCUACACCCUGUUUGAGUCCUUGUCCAGCAAUUGUUUCCUCUGGACCUAGAAUAAAGGCAAGCAAUGUACAGUUUCUUAAUCAAUUACAAAAUUCAGAAUCAAAUUCUGGUCCUAGCCAAGUCUAA